AUGCCACCUAAAUCAUCUUCUAAAAGAAAUUUACGUGCUUUAGAAGUGUUGGACAAACACAUUUCAAAAAGAUCUUUAAAAAAUAAUGAACAGUCUUCAAAUUCUUUACCCUGGCUUAACAACCAAACUUUACCGGCUAUAAUAGAAAAUAGCAAUAAUUCUAGUAAUCCUAAUAAUCUUAAAAUCAAGAUAAGUCCAAAAAAUCAAGAUAAUAUUAAUAAUCAAAGUUUCAAUAACAAUAGUAGUAACUGUAAUAGUUAUGAAUCACCAACACCGAAGAGAAGAAAAACUGUGACACAAAACAAUAUAAUAAGUAGACAAUUGUUUAAUCAAAAUAAUCUGGCUGAAACUGAAGAUGAAGAUAACAAUAAUUUAAAUUCUUCUCCGAUCAAAAAAACUGUUUCAUUCUCAGAUCAUAUUGAAAUUGAAUCAUCGCCACUUAAAAAUAGUUUUUAUUUCAAUGGUUCACCUACUAGAGUACCGCAAUAUCAACAAGAUUUUAACAGUAUUAUAGCAUCCUCGCCAAGAAUUAAUAAAUCACCUCCAAAAUCAAUAUUAAAAAAAAAGAAUGAGAUAAAUAUAUCUAAAAAUGCAUCAAUGAUAUCAAAUAAUAAUAAUCAUAAUCGUAAGAAAAAUAAAAGCACUAGUGAUAUUAGUCUUAAUAACAAUCCUUCACAAUUUAUUAUAAAUAAUAAAAAUAUUCUUAAUAUAACUAAUAAAGAUUCCACAAUCGAUAAUGCAAAUCUUCCUACUACUACUACUGCAUCUACUAAUAUUGACGAUCCAUUUCAACUUGAAUAUUGGGCAAGUGGUGAAAUACAUAGUUUAUCUGAUAGCAGAAAUUUAAUAGAAUUCAAAAAUAUUAUUAUAGGUGGAUUAUUUAUAUUGGAGCAUGAUUCAUAUCCGUAUAAUGAAAAAAGAUUCGAAAUCUAUGCAACUUUUAACAAUAUUAUACCUAUUAUUACAAUGAAAAAUAUAAAUGAUGUAAAUGAAAAAAAGAUUAAUAUUUUAAUCGAGAAUUUCAUAAAAAUUAUAAAAAUUUGUAUACCACAAUGGAAUUUGACACAAAAGAAGUUAUUAAAAAAUGACAUAAUAACCAAUAGUAAUAAUAUUUUAACAGGUCAAAAUAGCAAAAGUAAAAAUCUUAAGAAAAAUAAAGAAACAAAGAUGGAUAAAGAAAAUGACAAUGUGAUAAAAGAUGAUAAAAAUCAUGAUAACAAAAAUGAUAACGAUAAUCCGAAAGAUCCAUUUGUUUCCAGGUUAUAUUAUCAAAUAGUGAAGUUUUUUACCAUUCUCUUAUCAAAUUUUAAAAUUGUCAAAUGGUUAUCCAAUAAUAAUGAUAUACAAUCAGAAAUUAAAAUAAUCUACCAAUAUUCUUUAAAUGCAUUAACUGAUAUUAAAUCCAAUAAACCAAUUCUUAUUUCCAAUCUUACUUUUUUGAAAGAGGAAAAGUUUUAUACUUACUACGCCACUAGGCCCGAAAUUGUUAAUUUAAUUCAUGCUAUACCAAAUAUUAAAGCCAUUAAUAGUCAAAACUAUAUGUUAGAAAAGGUAUAUUAUGUCAAGUCUUUAUUGAAUAAAUUUCCAAACUUGAUGAUAAAACAUAUGGAUAUUUGGUUAUGUAGUGAUCUCUUACCGCAAAUAAUUAUUGAAUAUGAUACUUAUUCUGAAAAAUUAAGUAUUAUUUCGAUUUCUCUACUAUUGGAUCUAUUAAAAAAAAUAUAUGACACAAGCAAUAUCAGCAUAAAAGAGUUGUAUUCUACAAUUGUUAAUACUCCUGUUAAAAAUGUAUUUUCACCACAAUAUUUCAAAAAACUUCAGCAAUCUUACACAAAUAUUAUGUCUAUACCAAAAGAUGUUAACAUUGAUGCUGUUACCCUUGAAACAUUAUUGUUUCAUCACAUAGUAUAUUUAUUGCAAACCAAAAAAUCUUAUAAGAUCGCCAUGGAUCUUUGGUUAACUUUAGUGGGAAUAUUGUUUAGUAAUACUACAAUGAUACAAACAUUUAUUAAUAUUUGCAUAAAAAAUAAUAAAUGGUUGACUUUAAAUAAACUCGCUUUUGAAUCUGACAGUGAUCAUGCCAAACUUUUGGCUUUAAAAUCAUGGAGGAUAUUAAUUUAUCCAAUAUGUAUGAAUAUGCAUAAACUUUCUUCUGAAGAAAGAGUUAAAUGUUAUAAGAUUCUUGAUAUCCCGUUUUUUAUGUCUCAACACGCAGUAUUUCUACAAAAUAUUUCAGUUGGUGUUUCAUUUAUAACUAGAGCAAUCACUUAUACAAUUGCAUGUUAUUUUUAUAAUUCAAAGUUAUCCAUUGACUCUGCUAAACCGUUGUUUUGUAAUAUUUGGAAUGAAUUAAUUAUUCCGAUGUUUGAACGAGUUCUCUCUUUCAAAUCCACUAAUAAUGAAUUGCAAAAGCUAAUCUGUGAUAUAUUCAUCAGGUUAUUAGGCGGGACUGUUAUAGUUAAGCAACCUUCCUCAAAUUAUAAAGAUAAAUUAUCCAACCCUCAACAAGUGGUUCCUAUCAAAGUUAUUGCAACAGUUGGAAUACAUUUGAAUGAAAUACCUUCUUUACCAACAAAUCUAGAAAAUGUAUGGUAUCCAAUGGUAAAAGAUUUCACCACUAAACUUAUAAAAGAAUAUGGUAAAGAGAUAGAUUGUUUAGCUCUGCUCUAUGCUUUAAUUAAUGCAACACCAGAAGCACAAAUAAAGUCAUCUACUUUUAUAGAAUUAACUGAAUUAGUAUCUUUUUACCUGAAAAAUAUUUGCCACCUACCUUUGAAUUCGAUUGAUAUUUUUUCUACACUUUCUCCCACAUUAUUUAUGAAAUUUUCAUCGCUUAUAUUUACAGAAGAAGACAACCAUUUAGCGAAUUAUUUUGGACAUUUUAAAAUGAUAAAAUUUGAUGGUACUGAUAUUGUAGUUAGUUUAUUGAAAGAUAUAAUUAAAUCCAUGCGAAGUCAAUUACCUGAACUUUUGAUAUUUUACAAGUUUUUAGAUAUUCCUGAUGAAUAUUGCCACAAAUAUAUUGUCAAUUGGUUAAGUUCGACACUCUUAUCACCUACCAUGGAUUUUAGAUCUUUUAAGGUAUUAAUAGAUUUUAUUAAAACUAUCCCAGAAACAUCCAUAAUUGACAAUUUUCUAACAAUAUUUUCAAGAAUGGAACAAUCAUACUUUGACAUUUUUUUUUCUAAAUGUAUUUCAUGGCCCCCAAAUUCUUUGCAAUGUUUCAUUAAUGGUUGUCUUUCCACAAAUGACCCUAAAUUGUUGAACUUUACAAUUGAUCUUAUAAAAGAGGUAUCACCCUUCCAACACUCAUUAUUUAUUAAUACAUUGCCUAUUUUGUAUGAAAAGGGGAUGUCUACUUUUAUUCAAGUGUUUACACUGGACCACCCGGAUAUCUUAGAAACUAUGGAGCCGAGUUUUUAUCCAUACGUCAAUAAAGACUCCCAACAAUCUUUGUUGCCAUUUCUCACUCAACAUAUAUCAAUGAUAUCCAAUGAAAAAAAAAAUUAUGUACUGGAUAGGUUAUUAAAAGAAGAAGGAUUAGUUUCUGUAAUAAACAAAUCUGAGUUGUUUUUCUCUAUUUUGUUUAACUCAUCGAGUGAUUUUUCUCAGGAUGAUCAAAAGAAGAUGAUUUUGAAAUUACUGAAUAAAGCAUAUGAAGAAAUGAACUGGGAUGUAUUUAGUAUUGUUAUAGAACACACCUUACAUUUUACAAAUAUUAAUUAUGUGGAAAUGUUUUUUUCAAACCAUAAUGCAAAAGUAUACGAAAUAAUGAGUUAUUUUCCUAUCAGUCUUAUAGUUAAUCUGUGUUCCAAUGGGGGUAAAAUAGACGGAUUGAUAGACCAAGCAAUAAGUCAGAUGUUUAAAAACAAAGAUGCAGAUUUUAGAAUAUCAUUAAUUAGAGCUUUCUUAAAUUUGAAGAAAUAUAGUGAUCUGAAUAAGUUUAUUGAUGUCAUUGUUUUCUUUUUGUUUGAUGAUACAACAGGAUUAUCAGAGAUACAAAAAAAUAAGAAGUUGAAGCUAUUCAGAGAUAUUUUAACAAAAAUACGUAGUGAUGACGGCACUAUUUUGGUGAAUGUUUUGAAUUCUGUUGUUUCCUAUUUUCCUUUUAUAAAAUCUGAUUUUAAAAUAGAGUUGUUGGAAAGUAUACCAAAAGCUCUUGGUAAAGAAUCAGAUAAAUCAUGCUACUCCAAUCAAAUAAUUAAAAUAAAUUUAGAAUUAGAAAGGUUGUAUAAAACAAAUUUAGAAAUAUCCAAAAAUUCUAAGAAGGAUAAAAUUGAAAUAACUUCUUCUUCAAAAGAAUAUUUACAGAAUACUAUAAAUCAAGAAAAUGACAAAGCUGAGAUACAAGUGCCAGUAACUCAAAAAAUUGAUAUAGUCUGUCACGAUAUGGUAAACGAGGUGAUGCCAACUUCGCUUACUAGCAUCUCUAGUGUAGAAAAUAAAAUAAUUACAUCCAGUAACUGUAUGUCUUUUAAUGAAGCUACGAGUUUAGUGAAGAGGAAAAAUAAUUUUACUAGUAAACGUUCUACAGAAAAACAAGCUCAAUUAAAAGUAGCCACUAGUACACAGAUUAAUUUCACUAGAUGUAGUAUACAAUCGUUAUUGGAUUCAGAAAAUAUAGAUAAAAAAGAUAAAAAUACAGAAGAAGUAGUAUUAUCUUUUCCUGAAGAUGUGAAUAAUAAAGAGAAUAAACUUGUUGGAAAUAAUGAUAAUUCUUCGACAAUAAAGGAAGUUGAGAGACUAUCACAUAUAAAUAAAACUAAAAUAGAACCAACACAGGAUAUAAAUCCUGGGAUUGAUAUUCAUAAAAUAUUUGACACUAGCAAAAAUGAAAAGUUACUAAAAGGAUUGACUAUAAAGACAGGUCAUUCAAAAUUUUUAUCAUCCCCAGUUUCGAAAGAGGUUGAUCUAAAAAAUGAAAGUAAUAGUUUGAUCUUUUCCUCACCAAUUAGAAGAAUUUCAGAAAAACUAUCACUUGAGUUAGAGGGUUUGUCUCAACAUCCAGAUGUUAUAUGUACUACAGAUAAAAGAUCCAAGGUGAACAAAAUAGUUGAUGAUAGUAAAACUUUUCUUAUAAAUAAACUUUCUUCAUCUGUGUCAAGCUUGUUAACUGAAGAGCGUAACUUAUCUGUAUCUCAAUCACAUAGUAUUAGUGAUAGUAAUAGUGAUGUAAAUAUGAAAACAAACAAUAUACAUAUUAUUGUAAGUGAUGUUCAUGAAAAUAUUACAUCACAAGAAAAAGAUGUAUCUAAUAUAAUUCAAAAUCAUGUAUGCUUAGACAAUACUGAACACAAACAAAGAGAAAAUUUAGAAGCUGUUGAAAUGCACAAUUCUUUAGACGAUAAUAGGGCAGUAGCAGGGUUAAAUAUACAUAAUAAUACUGAAAUACCUAAUAAUGAUUUAUUUUGUCAAUCGAAUAAAGAAACUGAACAGAUAAAUAAUCAUGAAUCUCAGUCACUAUCAACUGAUAAUAUUAAUAUCGACAGAAGUUUGAAUGUAACAAACAAGUUUGUGAAUAAAGAAGUCAAAGAUAAGGAAGAACAUAAGGAGACAGAAAAUGAAAGUACUGAACGAAUAUCAGCAAUAACAAAAGAGAAUACCGUUAAAGAUAUCAAGGAAGAAGAGACAAACACAAUCCGUAUUCCAAUCUUUAAUUCCUUAAAAUUACAUGAUAGACAAACCAGUCAAGAAACUAUGAAUAUCAAUAAUAUGAAGGUUCAAGAAUCAGCUCAGACAGAUGUUUUGCAGGCUAUUCCAGAGAAUCAAAAUCAUCUGGUGUUAAAUAUAAAGAAUGGUAAUGGUAAUAAUAUCGCAGUUAUUGAGGACAACAAGAACUCACAAAAUAAGACUACUAAAUAUAAAGAACAAAUAGAGAAUGAGGAUUUUCUACAAGAUUCGUACAUUAUUAAUAGUGAAGAAGACCAUCAAAAGGAAAAUGAUAAUGUAGGUAAAAAUGGAAAUUCAAGGGAAGCUAUAUCUUCUUUAAAGAAUCAUUUCCCUUCAAAGAAAACUAGAAAGUUAGUUAGUAGACUACAUAAUUUUUCUGCAGCAGAUUUAGCAGCUAUACCAAUUGCAGAAAGAAGAAAUUUACGGGUUGAAUUACUUGAUUUUAUGAUGAAAUUAGAAUAUUAUAACACUGAUGAAAUAUAG